GGUGGAGUACUUCGGUCUUGUCUGCUAACCUGCGCAGGUCUGCCAUAUAUUUGCAAGCUCAGAAGAUCAUGAUGCCCUUUCAUUUCAUCAUCACCACAGCUCUUUCACUGUUCUCCUCUCUCUCUCUCUAUUAAAGCCCCCAACAUAUCAGUCCCACCUCUCUCUCUCUCUCUCUCUCUCUCAACCCAUACUUUCUUUCUCUCUCUCCUCUCUCUCUCUCUCUCCAAAAGUAUAGUCUAGUCUUUAGUCAUGGCGGAUGGUUUCGAACCCUACCAUGUCCCACAACAAAGCAGAAGAGAUAAGCUCAGAGUGGUCGUCCAAACCGACCCCUCCGGGUGCGCAGGUUUACUCCCUCUCUACGAUCCAUCUCUCUUCCCCUCCGAUUUGCUAUCCUGCGCCAAUCUCCACCACCACCAAAACAACCACAACCCACUUCUGGAUGAACCCACCAAGCCAAACCCAACUCAUAAUUCAACUGUCAAACGAGAGGGUGUGAAUUUGAUGGGUUAUGUAGGUUCAUCAUCUUCCACUUCACAACAACAACAACAACACAUCUAUAUGGAUCCACAAUCUUCUUUACACAUGAACCCUAGCUCAAUUCAUGAUAUUAGCAACAACCCAUUUCUCUUCACCCCUCAAAACCUUAGAGUUUAUGAUCAGUCCUUUAAUGGUGAUGAAGUUGUGGUGUAUAAACCUGAACCAUUGUCUUUAUCUCUCUCUUCCCAUCAAACCCACCAAAGCACUCUUCCUCUAGAACUCAAUCCACAAAGAUACGAGUCUUCAAUUUUCACUGACAAGGUCUCCGGUGGUGUCUAUGUUGUUCCGAGCAUUGUUGGUGGCGGCGGCGGCGGCGGUUCGGGGGCGAAUGACUUGUCGAGGAGCUCGGUCCCUCUCGGGCCGUUUACGGGUUAUGGGUCGAUUCUGAAGGGGUCGAGGUUCUUGAAGCCUGCACAGCAAUUGUUGGAAGAGAUUUGUGAUGUGGGUUUGGGGAUUUACGCUGAAAAGAUCACCGAAGACUCGGGUUUGAUGGAUGCUCCGGUGGAGAAUUUGGGUGGAAGUGGGGUUGUUGAGGAGUCGGUUAGCGGCG